AUGGCGGACAGAUACUCCUUCUCCCUCACUACAUUUUCGCCCAGCGGCAAGCUGGUGCAGAUCGAGUAUGCCUUGAACGCUGUCAACCAAGGCAUUACUGCCCUCGGAAUCAAAGCCACCAACGGCAUCGUCCUCGCGACCGAGAAGAAGUCGUCCUCGCCCCUCGCCGACCAGAGCUCGCUCUCCAAAAUCAGCAACAUCACGCCCAACAUCGGCGCCGUAUACUCGGGCAUGGGCCCCGACUACAGAGUGCUCGUCGACCGCGCGCGCAAAGUCUCGCACACGGGAUACAAGAGAAUCUACAACGAGUACCCGCCCACCCGCAUAUUGGUCCAGGACGUCGCCCGCGUCAUGCAGGAGGCCACCCAGUCGGCGGGAGUCCGGCCAUACGGCGUGAGCAUGCUGGUUGCUGGUUGGGAUGACGGCAUCGAGCCCGAGGACGCCGAGGAGGUCGAGCAGCCCGAGGGCGGCGAGAAGAAGGCCAACAAGAAGACGGGCGGUAUUCACAAGGGCGGCCCCAUGCUGUACCAGGUCGACCCCACGGGCAGCUACUUCCCUUGGAAGGCUACGGCCAUUGGCAAAAGUGCGACGAAGGCCAAGACAUUCUUGGAGAAGAGAUAUUCGGAAGAGUUGGAGCUUGAAGAUGCUAUUCACAUUGCUCUGCUGACUCUCAAGGAUAACAUUGAGGGCGAGAUGAACGGCGACUCUAUUGAAAUUGGUAUCGUCGGACCGCCGGCCGACCAUCUGUUGGGUCUGGAAGGUGUCGAGGGCGCCACCGGUCCUCGAUUCCGCAAGCUCACGCCGCAAGAAAUUGAAGAUUACCUGACGAGUCUAUAA